AUGGCGGACGAACUGGCUGAAUUCGAACUAACUCGUGUUCCUUGUGAAGCAAAUGAUUUCAACUCUGGAAGAUGUCGGAUUACACCGAUGAUAGCAGAAAAAAUAAAAGGAAAGAUAAAUUCGCCGGUUCGGAUCGCAGUUGAAUCUGGAUUUGUGCUGUGUUCAUUGUGGCCUCGAUCUGACGGGAUCAAUAAAUUUUUGCAGUUCGAUACACUUGUUACUCUUCGAAACAACCCAAGAGUGUGCCAGAUAAACAACUCUCCUAUCAAGAAGAACAUAUCAUCCGACGACAUCGUUGUUAUUGAGACUUUCGAGGCCAAAUCAGUUGUUAUUUCUCUGUAUUUGUCGAAUUCAGCUGAAGAUUUUGAUCACGGCAUGACCCAAGUUACACGUGAGAAUAGAAGAGAAAGAAUCUCUCGAAAUUUGCUACGAGGUUUAGCAGUAAUACAAGGUUGUGUUGUUGAGCCAAGAGAAUGUAGAAACAGUCACAGCUCAUCUAAAAAAAUAAAAAAGAUUAUAAUAAUUGCCACAGACCCCCCAACUGCGUCUUCGGGGAAUAACGCAGCAAAAGUAACUGAUAAAACAGUGAUAACUGUAAAGUCAGUAAGAAGAGGAUGUUACCUAGAAAGCGAAAACACUCAGAUUUUAGCAGGCCUUGAUGAUGCUGAGAAGGAAUUACAAGAAGUUCUUAAAUAUCCAUUCCAUUAUCCAGAAUGCUUUCAACACCUAGGACUUGAAUGCCCCAAAGGAAUUUUACUUCAAGGAGCCCCAGGAGUGGGCAAGACACUUCUUGUUAAAAGUGUAACUUUUCAGUGUAAUGCACAGUUGAUUAUACUGAAUGGUGCUGAUGUAUUUGGACCACAUCCAGGAGAGAGUGAGGAAAAUCUGAGACAAAAAUUUGAGAUUGCAAGGAAUGCCUCACAGCAUGAUCCAUGUGUUUUAUUUAUUGACGAACUUGAUGCUUUGUGUCCAAAGAGAGGAAACAAUGGCAAUGAACAAGAGAACAGGAUUGUUGCUCAGCUUCUAACUCUUCUUGAUGGUUUGGAAUCCCGAGGCAAGCUUGUCGUUAUUGGAGCAACAAACAGACCUAAUGCUAUCGAUCCUGCUUUGCGAAGACCAGGCAGACUUGACAGGGAGAUUGUGAUUGGAGUACCCAAUGCUUUACAGCGAUUAUCCAUUCUAGAAGCACAUACAAGAUCCUUCAAGUUAGCAGAGGAAGUAGAUCUUUCGCAUCUUGCCGAGCUGACAGUAGGUUAUGUGGGAGCUGAUAUUGCUUCACUGUGUAGAGAAGCAGCAUAUGUAGCAAUGAAAAGGAUGCUGAACUUCAGCAGCAGUGACAGCUCAGAUAUUGUCGCUAAAGUAACCAUGGCAGAUUUCCAGUUGGCUUUGUGUCAUAUUGUUCCAUCCAUGUACCGAGGAUUGGAAGGAAUGGUUGAAUUUAAUUCUGUUAGUUGGGAAGAUAUUGGGGGUCUUCAAGAUGUUAAACAAGCAUUGAAACAGGCGAUAGAAUGGCCGCUCAAAUAUCCACAAUCGUUUGAACGUCUUGGUCUUAAGCGACCCAGGGGCGUUCUUCUGUAUGGCCCUCCUGGGUGCUGUAAAACGACCCUUGUGCGUGCAGCAGCCUCUUCCUGUAAAUGUACCUUCAUGGCCCUCAGCUGUGCACAGUUAUACUCACCUUAUGUUGGAGAUGCAGAACGGAAAAUACGAGAGUUGUUUACUAAGGCCCGAGCGACGGCUCCGUCAAUUCUGUUCCUUGAUGAAUUGGACGCAAUCGUCGGCAAACGAUCUGGGACGAGCAGUACUGGGGUAGAGGCGCGACUGCUGUCAACUCUGCUGAAUGAGAUGGAUGGUAUCGGGGUAUUGGCGAAUAUCUACCAAGCAGAGGAAGGAAAAUCAAAUUUUUCACUACAGACAAAAGAUAGCGACUCUUGUAGCGAACAGUUGAUGAGAACCGAGUUAGGAUCAGUAGAGUACGGCAAUGCGGAAAUAUCACAGAAAACUCGCAGAUUGAAUAUUAUCAGCUCUUCGACCGUGAAAGACGUUCUCGUUGUCGCAGCUACUAAUCGACCUGAUGCAAUCGACGAGGCCCUUCUCAGACCGGGUCGAAUCGAUCGCAUCAUUUAUGUGCCACCGCCAGAUGUAGAGGCGAGGUUACAAAUCUUAAGAGUACACACUCGUUCCAGUCCUUUAGCAGAGGACGUAGAUUUGGAAGAAUUCGCCUUGAAAACCGAAUUGUUCUCAGGUGCUGACCUCGAAAAUCUCUGUAGAGAGGCCGCUCUUUAUGCUCUUGAAGAUGGAGGAAUGUCAGUGAGUAAGGUGGAACAUAAACAUUUUAUUGAAGCUCUUUGUACAGUCAAACCCUCCCUUACAACCACACAGCUACACAAGUGUAAACUACUGGAGCAGAGAUGAAAUAUAAGCGAUCAAUAAGGUUCCCAUAUAAACUGAUCUUAACAAGAUGUAUUUGAAAAAAUACAUGCGCAAAAGCUGAUAGAUCACUAUAUAGAAGCAUAUCGAGUUAACGAGACCAAACUAAAAGUAAGUUGAAUUUGUGGAUAGCUUAAAGGCGUACUGCUUAUCUCGUCAGAAAUGUCGUGACGAGAGCCAUCGAUCUCAUCAUGUAUGCGAUGUUUACAAAGUUGCUGGAAGAGGAAAGAGGAAAAUUGAGGAGGCUUUAAAAAAAGCGGGAAACGAGAUCGUCGAUUGUGAAGACGAAAUAGGGAAGAAUACAUAUAUUCUUCAAAGUAGAGGAAAACAAGUUGAAGCGGCCCGCAGAAAUGUGGCAGCGGAUUGUAGAUGAAUUGAUUAAAGUUUUAAUAGCUGCUGAAAAGCUUUGGUUAUCCAAUUUUAAAAGGAUGUCCUUCGUUUGCAAUUCAUCAUGAAGACAAGUUCUAUGUUUUUUACCAGAAGAACCACUGCGUACUGGUUUUCAGUAAUGAUGGAAACAUCCCCUAGAGCAUAGGCAAACUGACGGCAGAUAGGGUGAAGGGCCUAAAAUUCUCUUCAGGUCUUGCUGUCGAUAAGUUCAACAACUUGAUUGUUUGUGACACUCAGGCCAGCCGGAUGCAGGUGUUUUACCUUGGAAGGAGAGUAUCUUACAACUAUUCUUGGCUUUUGGUCCCCGCAGUAUGUUGCUGUUUCUAAAAAUAGACAUCUUUAUGUUGCCGACGGGAGGGACUUUGUGUUUGUUUUAAAGUAAAUAGUGCAUAAAGUUGCCGGAAGCUUUCGUGAAGUUAGAAGGUGCCUCAUAAUUUGCGCAAAGAAAAGAAGACAUGUUAUCAAAUCAAAGAGGGCUAAACAGGAGAUCAGCUACUUAGUUAGCUGUUUUGUAAAGUGAAGGACGACGUUUGUUAAAAUUCGACUACAAAUGAUAUCAAAUGUGAGAGUUGUCUAUUCACAGUAACAUCAUCAGGGGUGUUUUGAAUAUUUCUGAUAAGAUAACUGCAUAUUAGGUUUACAUCUUCCCUUGAAACAAUAAUAAAGUGUUUUUGGUACUGUAACUGCUUGAGCCUGAGGACGUUUUUUUUUGUCUUUAGGAAGACAUGGCAUCUGAAAAGCGAAAGAAAGAAACAGUUUGUCAGUAGUGCUUAAUAAAUCCCUUGUAGAUUGAGAGACCAUUAUUGCAAGUCGUUGAAAACAUCAGCAUGGCACAAGCGUAACCUUAGUUGCUGGGGCUUUUGCGCGCUCUAUGAGUUUAAAUAAUGAAGGCGGUAGACCUGCUUAAAAGAAUAACUGGGGUUUAUUUCAGGAAUCACAGCUGAUAACAAAAGCCUUGAGAUUUUCACAGGCUUGCGAGUAGCGAUGGAUAGAAGAAAUGUUCAUUAUUGAGUCAGAGCUGUGUAAUUGCGUUCAAUGUUAUUCGCCUCCUCCAUCAGCUGUGUCUGGUCUUUGCAGCGUGACACUUUCAAGGGUUACAAUAUACUCGACGGAUUUAACAAAAGUUGUGCCUUCUCACUACGAAGUACACGAAAAUUACCUGCGGGUUUAACUAUGUUUUCAGUGUGUUGCCUUGACUGAGAAGAUGGUUUAUCACAUCCUGCUCAGAAGAACAGAUCCGGAUGGCUUCCUGCAAGUCACAGCUUGUUGCCUCAGGGAAUAAAGACUGCAAAUGUUGCUGCAAGCUACUUCUACUUCCGUCACCAAGGUCUCCUCCCUCAGUUGUAUCUUGAAAUUCAUCAUCAGACAAUUGGCGAGUUCUUAUAUGUUGAUUAGCAAGAUGAUUGCGAGCUAUGUUUCGUAAGACUGCUCUUCUUUCUGCACUUAGCAGAGGAGUUCCUCCGUGGGAAGUGAACUUUAGGAGAAUCACAAUCAGGCAUAUGCCAACGAUUAUAACCACCACAUAAUACCUACAAACGAUCAAGCAAUCCGUUAGCAAGACAGUGAAGAAUGAAUAAUUUUUUAUCCUUACGUUAUUCAUCGUUAAGUUAGGUGAUGCAUGAUCUGCCAUAUUGCCCUAUUUUUUUUGGCGAG